AUGACCUCGAAACUUAUAAAAACUUUAGCAACUUUUUUCUUGUAUAGUGCAUUAUUCAUAUUUCAUAAUGAAGCAAUUACAUGGUUUCAAACUGCAAGAUAUACAUCGAGUUCUCUUUACUUGGUCAAUAAUAUUGGUUUAAAUGAUAUAACUGGGACUGUAGUGGCUUUUGCAGAUUUCAAUUCAGAUAAAUAUACAGAUUUAAUAGUUUUAACUGCCGAUCAGACAACUAUCAGCAUUUACCUUUGGGAUCAUGCAUCCUACAAAUUUACUAAGGCACCAUCGGCAGACAUAACAAUAACUACUGAUGGAAAUAAUGCAGGCUUUUUAAUUACAAAUGUAUUACCAGGAGAUUAUAAUUAUGAUGGUAUUUUGGAUGUUCUGAUUAUGGGUCAAGCGAGCCCGGGUGACUCUUCUAAAGAGCUUUAUAUGCGCGUUUAUAUGGGAAGUGGAAACAACACAUUUGACCCUAAUUAUUAUAACGUUCCCUCAUCUACGGCACAGCAACCUAUUCCGCUUGAUUUUUAUGGCAAUAUGAAAGUUGAUCUACUUGGGCAUCAAUUUGGCAAUAGUUCACAUAUUUCAAUAUGGAAAAAUGUGUUCAACACAACAACCAGAACAUUAUUCGAUGUUGUUCAAAUGCCGGUGAAUGGCGCAUUUCAAAAUUGUACAAUAUCGGAUCCACAUUCAAAUGCUUUUAUUGAUCUUAAUGGUGAUUGCUUGGCCGAUUUGUUCCUCACAUGUAGAGAGAGUUCUAGUUCACCAUUAACAUAUCAAAUAUGGACAAAUAUAAAGGGGGGAUUUACAUUUAGUCGAUCAGGAAAUUUACCAGAUGGAACAGGGCAAAUAUCUUUCGCAGAUAUGGAUGGAGAUGGAGCGAUAGACAUGGUCUAUCCGGUUUGUUCUGGUGGUACCUGCAAAAUUCAUAUAGCAUAUAACAAACAGAUACCAUUGUGUACUGAUUCAAAUAGUGGAUGCCGACAAUCAUCAAACUUAUGUCUUGCGGAUGACAACUUUUCCUUUAAUAUACAAACAUCUUCAAAUGAAAAUUAUUCUAUAAUAGAUAUUUCGAGCGAACUGCCGGAUGAUGGGACUAUUGUGACAACAGAUUCGACAUUCAAAGGAAAUUUACCCAUUCCGAUCCGAAUUGGGGAUUAUAAUUUUGACGGAUAUCCUGAUAUACUUAUAAUUAGUUCAUCUGGUUCUACAUAUCGUGCAUCACUAUUUCAGUCGGAAUUAUGCACAUAUCAAAAAUGUAGUUCGUUAGAAGUCUCGUCGCGAAAGCGUACAUUUACCAGAGUUAUAGAUGGUGCUUCACCUCUAAAUGAUAUCACAGAUGCUAGAUCCGCUGCAUUUGUAGAUCUUGAUGAAGAUGGAACAUUGGAUAUUUUAGUUUUAAAAUCUACUUCUACUAGAGUUAAUAUGAUACACAAUAAUUAUUUUAAUGAUGCAUUCUUUAUCAAGGCUCUAAUGUUGAAUGGAGUUGCUGAAAAACAGGGAUAUGGUGUAAGCUAUUCCGGUGCAUCAUACAAAUUUACUAUUCUUGAUACGUCAGGAGUUCAAAGAGCUAAUCAAGUUGCACAAUAUCCUCAAAGUGCAUAUCAAGCGUUACAAACGCCUUAUUCGCUUUUUGGUCUUGGACGCACAAAUAAUUACGUUGAUUUAUUAUUUGCUGGAUCUACACGUAAUCAGACUUUAUAUUAUACAACAUUCUCCGGCGUGAUUCCAAAUUCUCAAUUGAUUAUUGUACCUUAUCAACCUCCAAAUGUUUUUGAUCCUUCUACUUGGUCGUUGGAAUUAUUCAUUCAUCCGGGAGACUGGAUACCAUGGGUAUUAUUAGUGUUAAUAAUAUCUACAAUUGUUAUGGCGAUCAUUGUGGUAAUUUUGAAUUGGAUGGAAAAGAGGGAAGAUGAACUAGAAAGGAAGAAAGCUUCACAUAUGAUUCAUUUUGGUGCUUUGUAA